UUGGCCUGCUUCAGGGAUAUGGAUAUAGCCCCAAAGCCCGCCGAAGGCAGCGUUAUGCGAGAGGCGGUACAUAAGUCACUGGGCGAUGAUAUUCACUACUUAAAGUUGUCCUCGAAACUCUUCUGCAGUGGUGACGGAUUGGCAAGUUGCCAAUUUUCUUCUCCGACGGGGUGUCCACAGCCUUUCUUUCUGGGUAUCCAUAAGUGGAACAAGUCUUAUCAAGUGUCUAAUUUUAUAGUGACGGUGACGGCAAGCGACGCUGAUCUGAAUUGCCCCAGAUCCCCACCUCAAAAAGCGUGUCCAGAAUUUAUGCUACCUCUUUUCCCUGUCUUUUGGUGUCCCGGGAUCCUCACUUUCUGACGCGUUGAUCGCGAUGCUGCCGUUUCCUAUCGGAAUAACGUAUGGAACUUAUUUUCUCUCAACAAUUCUUUGCGCCAUGCUCUUGGGAGUGUCUUGCAUGCAAACCUUUUCCUAUUUUACCCGUUAUGUCAGAGAUGAUCGAUGGCUUAAAACUGUGGUUGCUGUUAUAUUUACGAUGAACGCUGUACAGACAGCACUGGUAGCGCAUGGAGCGUACGCCUACCUAGUCACUCACUUCGGAGAUUCUUCAUUUUUUGAGGUGGUCCUUCCGGCGUCCUCAACCGGGUUUCUCCUCUCGGCCAUUGUUUCUGUUUGUGUGCAAGGAAUUUUUGUCGUCAAAGCACAAGGACUCAGCGUAACGAGAUCAAGGGUGCUCCCCUUGCUCUGGAUCCCUUUGGCCCUUUUUGAACUCGGGGCUGCAUUUUAUUGCGUUGCUAAGAGUUUUGAAAGUGGGAACAAUAUUUUCUUUAUCGCAUCGCUGAAGGGAGUCGUGGUUUCUUAUCUCGCCGUCAUGGCCUUUGUUGAUAUCGCGAUUACUUUUUUUUUGGCCAAAUACCUGCGUAUCUUGCACAGACAAGCCAUGUCAUUUGCAUUGAGCGAGAUGAUCCAGCGCUUGAUCAUUUUCUCAAUGUUGAGUGGAAUUUGGGCCGCUUUAUUCGCUCUUCUCGACAUGAUUACAUAUCUUGGUUUUCCAAAUACUGGGGUGUACGCCUUGUUCGACUUACCUCUUUGCUCGCUAUACUACAAUACCUUCCUUGCGAGCCUCAACUCACGGGAUAGUGGGUCUGCCUCAUCGAUCAGAGAAUUGUCCACCUUCAAAGUUGCAUCGCGACCGGUGGUUAUAUCAAUGGAGAGAGGACGUAAUAGCACAUUUAGUGACGACAGAGAAAGCCUUUGUACAAAUGAUUCAGACAUAGUAUAAUUAUUACGAAUGGACAAAACUUCAGAAGAUAUCCUCAUAAUCAUCGCCGAUCUCCAGAUACCUCCUGAUGUCUUGUGCGUCCAUCCCAGUUUGGCGAGUGAAAUGUGAAAGAAGGAUGGAAUAGUUGUCUGAAGGGUUGUUUAUUUUAGAUAAAAAAUGAUCUGACGGACAUGUCCU